UAUGUCAUUCGAUCAGUUCACGAGCUCCUCGAAGCUUAUCUCACGCUGUAUGUUGUAUGUUCGCACUCAUUUCAGACAGCAAAAGCUUCACGAUAAGAGUAGCAGUAACAAUAGUAGUAAAAGUGAUUUAAACGAGCCCUUUUUCGGUGUGCUCUAAACCCCCAACGGGGACGGUCGGAGGGAUUCUCAAUCGUGCGAUGGUAACCAAAAAAAAAAUGAAAAGAAAACCAAUAGAACAAGAAAGGAAAACGGUGGGCGUAUGUGUCCCUGGUGGCAUACGCGACUUUGCAGCACAGUUAGUCGUACGAAGGCAGGAACAAAUUAUUAACAGUGAGAAAAGAGAUUAAUAGUGACAUGCGAUGUGGGAACAAAAAAACCCCGGAAAAGAUACGCAUCUGCUCUACGAUACAAGCCGUGCCCCCUGUUACAAAUGGCCCGAUCUGAUAGCGCGGACCUGGUCGCCCUGGAAUCCCCAACGAUACCUUUUCCAUCGUCAGCUUCAACAGUGUCGUCGCCAGCGUCGCUUGCCCAAACCGUGGCCGGUUCCGUCGGAUUCCACCAGCCGGUACCCCCGCUGCAGCAGUACAUACAGCACCAGCAACAGCUCAAGCAGCGGUUCGUCGACGUUAAAGCAUCGCAGCAGCAGCAGCAGCAACAGCAGCAGCAGCAACAGCAACAGCAACAACCGCAACUCGCAAAGGAACUGCACCAAGCCAAGCGAACCGGAAACGGCGAUCGGAAAUCUGCACCGGUGGCCGUCGGAGACACGUUCGCUUCCGGUGUGGGAGCCGGCAGUAGCAGCACUACGGCCCUGCACCAGCUCGACGAUACCGGUUCGACGGAUUCGUCCAUCUUCGACGAGGACGUUAAGAAGCGCCCCCGGAAGCUGUUCUCAUUCGGCAAGCGCUUCGCCAAGUCGAAGAAACAGCAAUAACGACGUAAC